UAUAAUAAAUUUUCUGCAAUGAAAUCAACUUUGAUUGUUUUUCAGUUGCUAAUUUCAUUGUCCUUCGGUGCGGUUCCUUUAAGUCAAAAUGAAUUGAAAGAAAAAUACGGUCAAGAAAGUACAACGUUUAAUGAUGGCAAAAGUUGUUACCGUCCAUGUAAUGGUACGUCAAUGACGUGUUAUUAUGAAUUUAAAAUAGAACACUAUGACACAAUGUCAAGGCUAUGUGGAAACUGUGCAGCAGGUGUGAUUGGUGAUUGUUUCAAAGAAGGCUGUAUAUCUGCGAAUGGAGUCAGGCGCAACAUAAUGACAAUUAAUCGACAACUGCCUGGUCCUGCAAUCAAUUGCUGUGAAGAUGAUCGAGUCAUUGUCGAUGUUACAAAUCAUAUGCCAGGUACCGAGUUAUCGUUCCAUUGGCAUGGUGUUCAUCAAAGUGAAACACCUUGGAUGGAUGGUGUGCCAAUGGUAACACAGUGUCCGAUAUUUUCCGGCGAUACUUUUCGAUAUAUGUUCCAUGUACAUGAGUCUGGUACACAGUACUAUCAUGCACAUUCCGGUUUACAUCGUAUGAAUGGAAUUGUGGGUAAAUUAAAUGUUCGCGAACAAAAUGAUCCGAAUGCCGAAUAUUAUGAUACUGAUUUAAGUGAGCAUACGAUAUUAUUCAGCGGUUGGAAUAACUUUUUGGCCGAAGAUUUAUUACCGAGCAAUCCACAUAAAUAUGGAUCUUCUCCAGCCAGUAUACUGAUCAAUGGUUUUGGAAAUUAUAUCGAACCAGAUAGUGGAUACGAACCAUAUGCACCGAUAGCCGUAUUUUAUGCGGUCAGAGGAAUGAGACAUCGUUUUCGUAUUGAUAAUGCUGCAUCAAGCAAUUGUCAGUUUGAAUUUUCCAUAAAGGGACACAAAAUGGCUGUUAUCGCCCUUGAUGGAUCACCGGUGGAGCCUGUCACUGUCGAUACCUUCUUUAGUUCCGCUGGUGAAAGAUUUGAUAUCGUCAUGCACGCAACAAAGGACCCAAACAUUCAUGAAUCAUUGAUCAUAAUUCGUGGUCUUGGUGGAUGCCGGCGGAAUAAACUCCAUGGAUAUGCUCGAAUCAUCUUCUUGAAUGAUUUUUCCGAGUUUUCACCUCGACAUUCAGACCAUGAACCGCUGGAAAGUCGACCAGACUAUCAAAUUUUGGAUAAAAUCGAAAAAAUUACAUUAAAUGAUGCGACAACUCAAUGUGGACAAUCCGAAGACUAUUGUAUUACCGACUUAGAGUCAAAAGCACCUCCAUCAACCGUAGAAAAUUUGAGAGAUGAAUUGCAGUACCCUGUGUCCAAAGUGUAUCCCUUUCAAUUUAUAAAACAUUUCGACCGAUCUGACUCGAUUUCAACUUCGCAUUUCUUAAGUUAUCAAAAUUUUACCUUUAUCACAUCGAUAAAUAAUAUUUCAAGCACGAUGCCACCACUUCCGAUCCUUACACAAGAUGACACCGAUAUUACGUACUGUAAUAAAGAUAAUUUACCACCAGAUUGUAAGAUCAAUUCUGUUUGUUACUGCAUUCAUUUAAUCGAACUGGAAUUGUGCAAAGUGUAUGAAUUUCAUUUUUACGAUUUACUUGAGACUGUAAGUCAUCCAAUACAUAUGCAUGGCCAUAGAUUUCAAGUAAUCGAAAUGGUAACACAGGAACAAUUGCUAAAUGGUCAAACAUCGUAUAAAAAUUCAAAAAAAUUACCAGUUAUAAAGGAUACGGUAACGGUGCCGGCCGGUGGAUAUGUAAAAAUUCGAUUUCGAUCAUGUAAUGCUGGAUACUGGUUUUUUCAUUGCCAUUUUGAAUUGCAUAUGCACACCGGUAUGACAUCUAUUCUGAAAGUUGGCAAUAGAAGUGAUAUGGUACCACCGCCACCGAACUUUCCCAUUUGUGGAAACUAUUUACAACCAGUUUUCGAUUGAAAAUGAAUUCUUUUUUCGAACAUU